AGACUGCAUGACUUAAUCUUUUCAUUUCCAUAAAUACCCUCAGAAGAAUUUGCAAAUCCCACCAAAUCAUAGCUAAUGGUAUUGGAAUUUCAGCCUAUCAUAUGAUUAUGAUUUUCAACGCUGCCUUUAAUGAAUUUUCUUAAUAUACAAACAAAGGCGAUAGCUUUGAAUUCCUUCCUUUCUAUAUUCUAUUAUCCUUUCAAGAAUCUCAACCGUACCAUUUCUUUAUUAGCACUUCAAUUGGAUUCAACUCUUUCAUGUUCUAACAUCUUCAGAAUUUGCUCCUCUCCAACUCCUACACGGCCAUGUUCAUCAUCAUCAUCUAAUAAUCUUCAGGGAUCAAUGGAACAAAAUCUUAUAUCCCACCAUUCAAUUGGGCGAAAUUGCAGACCAAAAUGGUUGGAUAAGAAAAGGGUCCUUCAAGUUAUUUUGCUUGUAACAAUUUGCAUGUGGUUGCUACACCGAGUCGAGAACUCGCAUCACCAACAUGAAAAUUACAACCAGAAUCUUCAAAAUCCUAGCAGUGAAAGAAACAUACUCAUAGUCUUGGGACGCAGGGGGAUACAAAAGUAUAUAAAUGGAGCCAAUGCAGAAUUUCAAGAUAAAAAUGAUCCCCAUGAAUAUGAAAGAAGAGAUGGAGGUGUAGGAGAUGAUGAGAUUGAUGGAAACAUUAAUGAUGAAGAGAAUGUACUGGAACUUUUACAAGAAGAAAAUAAAGUAGUAAAUGGUGGAGAUGAAGCAAUAGACUUAGCAGCCAAGUUUCAUGGCGUUGCAAAACAAGACACUGAAAUGGAGAAACUGGAUGAUGUUGAAAGAGUUGAGGCGUUUCUUGACGAGAAUGGGAUUCCACCGGAUGCCUCUUCUUUUUUCAAUUCUACAUCACUCGAGCAAUUUCAUUCUCGGACUAGCUUUUCUGUUUAGUUCUUGUUUACCAUGUAUGAUUGCUCUCGUUGUUCUACCUGCUUAAAAGCUUAAUAACGUGGGCGAGUCUCAGCUUUGUGCCCCUAUGCAUCAACGAGUAGGCAACGACUUGUUUAGCCCAGAAAUCUGUAAUAAUUAUUCUUCUCAGGUCCAGCCCAUUAAAAAAAUAAUUGGGCCUGACCUCAUCUAGAGCAAUACAGUAAUCAUAUCAACAUUUAGCCUCGGCACAAUUCUGC